GUAACCAACACCGUUAGCAACCGGAUCACAACAAAUCAUUGCCUCCUUUUUGGCUCGAACAGUUUAUAAUUACUUGUAAAAUAAAACAAGUGGCAAAAUUGUUGAAAUAAAAUAAAAAGCCGCUAAUCUUAAUUGACCUGUAUAAUUCUGUGUAAAGUGAAUAACUCAGAAAUAUUGUCAAAAUGCCAACAAUUGGAGUGAAACGUGACCUACUCUUUGAAGCACUCGGCAAGAAAUACACCGAUGACGAGUUCCAAGAGCUGUGCUUUGCCUUUGGUCUGGAACUGGAUGAAGUGACGACGGAGAAGCAGAUGCUGACCAAAGAACAGGGGGAGGUAGCGGCUGCUGCAAAUGCCAGUGAAGAGAUUAUAUACCGGAUUGAUAUACCAGCCAAUCGUUAUGAUUUGCUUUGCUUAGAGGGUCUGGUCACGGGUCUGCUUGUGUUCCAGGGCAAAGUUAAACCUCCCAAAUUUGAGUUUGUGGAACCUAGCAAAAGGCAAGUGCUGAAAAUUGCACCAUCGACGGCGCAGAUUCGUCCCCAUGCUGUCGCCGCAGUGCUGCGCAAUGUGUCCUUUACCCAAGAGUCUUACAAUAGCUUCAUAGAUCUGCAGGACAAACUGCAUCAGAAUAUAUGUCGCAAGCGUACCCUUGUGGCCAUUGGUACACAUGAUCUGGAUACCUUGGAAGGACCCUUCAGCUAUGAGGCCCUUGCUCCGGAGCAAAUCAAAUUUAAGCCUCUUAACCAAAAAAACGAGAUGACUGGUGUCCAACUGAUGGAUUUCUAUGCUACGCAUUCCCAGCUCAAGCAAUAUUUGCCCAUCAUUCGUGAUUCGCCAGUUUAUCCAGUGAUCUAUGAUUCCAAACGCGUGGUGCUUUCACUGCCACCCAUUAUUAAUGGCGAUCAUUCAAAGAUCUCACUUAAGACCAAAAAUGUGUUCAUCGAGUGUACAGCCACCGACCUUACCAAGGCAAAAGUGGUGCUGGAUACCAUCGUUUGCCUUUUCUCUCAACACUGUGACAAAAAAUUCACAGUGGAGCCUUGUGAUGUUGUGAAACCCGAUGGGAGCAUUGUUUCGUAUCCGGAGCUAGCUGUACGUGAAGAGAAGAUUUCGGUUAAGCGGGCCAAUGACUACAUCGGUAUCAAUGAGUCAUCUGACAAAUUAGCCGACAUGCUGACAAGAAUGUAUCUGGAAGCCAAAGUGCAGGGAGAUUUUCUUACUGUGAAAAUUCCUCCCACGCGACAUGAUGUUAUCCAUGCUUGUGACAUUUAUGAGGACAUAGCCAUUGCCUACGGCUAUAACAACAUUAAGAAAUCUCUGCCAGCUUUUAUGCAGAUAGCCAAACAGUUUCCACUGAACAAACUCACAGAGCAAUUGCGCGAACAAGUGGCCCAAGCUGGAUUCACUGAGGCUUUAACCUUUACGCUGUGCUCGCGCGAUGACAUUGCGCGUAAACUAAAUAAGUCCAUUGAUUCAAUGUCUGUUGUUCAUAUAGGUAACCCCAAGACUUUGGAAUUCCAAGUGGUAAGAACCACUUUAUUGCCUGGCCUUCUCAAGACUUUGGUGGCCAAUCGUAAAAUGCCAUUGCCCCUGAAACUCUUUGAGAUUAGUGAUGUAGUCUUAGCGGACGAGAAGACCGAAGUUGGAGCCCGCAACGAACGACGCUUGUGUGCUGUUAAUUGCAACAAGACUGCUGGCUUUGAAGUGGUUCAUGGUCUAUUGGAUCGCGUAAUGCAACUGCUGUCGGUGCCAUGGAAAACUGGCAAUGUAACCAAGGGUUAUUCCCUACAGGCAGCUGAUGAUCCCAGCUAUUUCCCGGGACGCUGCGCAAAUGUGAUGUACGACAAUGUGGCCAUUGGUAAAAUUGGUGUCCUUCAUCCUACAGUUUUGCAAGCCUUUGAAUUGACCACACCCUGCUCAGUUGUGGAAUUCACAAUUGAGCCAUUUGUCUAACUUGUACUCAAUCUUUUGAAAUGUUUAACAUUUGCAAAAAGUUUUACAAAUAAAUUAUCACAAUAUGAUGACAACAAA